CUGCCAAGCCUUUGCGCUGCGACUGCUUGCCGAGCACGCAACGCCAACGCAGCAAUAAUCUUCGUUGAGUUGCUGGCGCAGCCAUAGUUUGGCGCGCUUGCAAUUUCUUUGCUGUAACGCGGCUCUACAGCAAAAGCCGAGGAGGUCUCUCCCAGGCUCAUCCAAACUCUAUACGCCGACGCGUAAACGCCGACGCGUAACUUUAAGCCCGACGCGCGCAAAAACGCGAGGGAGUAACCAUGGCCGGCGAGGACAAGAACCUCCUCCCCGGCUGGGAGGCAUUCCAGACCGACGAGGGCGAGUGGUACUAUUACCACGAGGGCCGGGAGGAGACGACGUGGGACAAGCCCGAGGCCCCGAAGGCGGCGCCCAAGCCGGCGCCGCGGGCCGCCGCGCCGAAGGCCGCCGCUGUUCGAUCCGCGGCGCCCGUCGCGGCCGCGCGGCCGAAGAUGCCCGCGGGCGGCGGCAUGGGCGGGCUGCUGGGGGACAUCCAGAAGGGCAAGGCUCUGAAAAAAGUAGGGCCGCCUCCCGAAAGAGGCCCCGCGGGCAAGGUCGUUUCUGGUGGCGGCGGCGGCGGCGGCGCGCGGGCACCCUCGGGAGGCGGCGGCGGCGGCGUGGCGGGCCAGCUGAGCGCGAUGAUGGCCGGUGGUGGCGGCGGCGGCGGCGGCGGCUUCAAGGAGAUCAUGCGCCGCAACCGCGAGGCCGCGGCCAAGAAGGCCGCGGCGGGCGGCGGCGCCGCGCCGAAGCCAAAGCCUAAACCUGCGCCGGCGCCCGCGGCCGCGCCGUCGUGGAAAAAGCCCGAGCCAAAAGCUGCGUCGCCGCCGCCGGUCAUGCCGCGGGCGGCCGCGGCGGCGCCGGCCAUGCCCCAACGGGCGGCGCCGUCCUCCUCUGCGACGAACGGCGCCGCGGGCGUCGAGGCGCGCCUCUCGGCGAUCGAGGCCAAGCUCGACAAAAUCAUGGCCAAACUCGGCAUCUAG